AUGGGUCUGCCGCCGCCCACGCCCCCGCCCCGAUCGGACAGCAGCGACUCUUCGGCGUCCAUGAUGGGGGCCUCCGAGGAUCCCGGGGUCCCGAGGAUGAAGCAGGGGAGGUCGAGGUCUUGUAGCCCCGUGUGGCUCGCCACUACGGCCGUGACCAUCCCGGCGCUGCAGGUCGCCUGCACCACUGGCCUCUGUGUCUGUUUCAUCAUGUCCAUUUCCAAGAUUGGGGGGGGGGUUUGUCUUUAUUUAAAGACCCAGGCCCAAGGGAUUCCGGAGGAGCUGAAAUGCCUCCAGCUGAUCAACAAGCAGACGGGUCUUAAGCUCAUGGGCAGCAUCCAAUCCUAUGUGACCUCGGUAAUGACUGAAAACAUUCUCCACGGGAGUUUACAGAAAGGUUUGACAAGCACUGCUUCGGGCAUGGAGGGGCAGCUACCUAUGACACACCCAUUCUCCAUAGGAGAUAAGCCCUCCGCCCAUGUCACCCUCAUCUCCUAUGCUGCUGCCAGUAUGAGCAACCUCAACCACCUCGGGGAGGUGCCCCAGUCCUGCCGCUACCCCCUGAACAAUUGGGAGUCUCGAGGGCUGCUCUCCCACCUGCGGGACAUACGCUACCCAGCAGAGGCUGAAGGGAGCAAGCCCACAAGCCAGCAGCUGGUACAGUGCAUCAGCUGGCAGGCGGCCUACCGCCAGCCCAUCCUGCUCCUGAAAGGCAUGGCCGCCAAGUGCUGGCCUCCGUGCCAUCUACCAGGGGGCCUCUUUGAGCUGAAGGCAAGGGAUGAGCUCCUGGUAUCUCUCUCUUCCUUGGCUGUGGAUGGCACCAAUGACACCUCCAGUUACUUCGGGGCCUUCAGGCUGGCUGUGCAAGGAGCUCCUGCGAUUGACUUGUCUGAUGGGAUUGCCUAA